AUGUCUAGCAAUAAUGUAGGAAGUUUUGACCAGUUGCUAAGCGACGAACUUCACUCCGAGCGAACAUUACCCCUGCUUAGCUACUUUGUCCAGUACAGACAGAGUAAUAAGAGUGCGACAGCAAUCUUUCACGAGGUCAAGUCUCUUGUCGGCACAGCUGCACGCCCCAUUCCUGAUGAGUUACCUGACGAGAGCGAGCCACUCGCAGCUUCACUCAUCAAUCUCAUCGAUAAUGGUCCUGGUAAAAGUCCCCAUGACAAGAUUCCUGGAAGCCCAACUGUUACCAUCAUAGGGGCUGGCACCUCCGGACUUUGCGCUGGCUAUGAGCUUAAGAAAGCUGGUUUUGACGUGACUAUCCUGGAAGCAUCUUCCAGGGUAGGUGGAAGAGUCAAGACGUUUCGCGAACCAACCUUUGCUCAUGGAUUACAUGGCGAAGGGGGCGCCAUGCGGAUCCCUAAAAACCACUUCUUGCUGCACAAGUACAUCAAGGAUUUUGGCCUCGCGCCUCAGCUGUUUGACUUUGAGAUGCAGAACAAAUUCAUCUACAUAUCUGGUUAUGGCAAGACCUUGACGUAUGACAAGUUCAACCAGCUCCUCAAAGACGAAGAUCCAGAUCUUUUGAAGUUAUUCCCUGGGCUGAAGGAUAAUGAGAAGAAGAAGACUUGCGAUGAUCUUUUCACGGAUGCUGUUGACAAGGUUGUAAAAGAUUUCUGGGACGCGUACGACCAACAUGCCGGUACCAAAGAUGUGGACCCAGAACACAUCGACACGAGUGCCGUCGUAGCGGCCUACAAACAGAUCACGCAGGACUAUGACAAGUACUCAUUACGGUCGUACCUAACCGACGUGGCCGGCUGGAGUGAGGACGCCAUCAAUCUCUACGACCUGGGAAACGCACACGUCGUCUUUGAGAAUGGCUUCAUCGAGUCGUUCAAGGACGCCUUCCUCUCCAGCAACAAAGGCGGCAAGCAGGCCGGUAUGCAACAACUUCAGGGAGGCAUGGAUCUAGUGCCGGAUGGAUUUGUCUCGACAGACAGAGGUGAAUACUCUCUUAUUGAUAACAUCACCUUUGGCGCCCGGGUCAGUGAGAUUGGGCUCGACGAGAGACCAGAUCCACAUAUACCAACCAAAGCAUUCACGAGGGUAGUCUACGAGAUUGUCGGAACAGGACGUAAGAGGACCGUCACCUCAGACUACCUUGUGCUCGCCAUCCCCUACACGUCACUUCGAUCCAUCGCCAAGGCCAGAUCGUUUGACCCGAAACAGGAGAUGGCGAUCCGCGACGUCCGUUACGUCGAAGUCACCAAGGUCCUCCUCCAAUACAAAAAGCGCUGGUGGGAGGACAUCUUCGCACAAUCCGGCCAGGGCCUCGACGGCGGCCUCGUCAGCGACCUACCCAUCCGCUACACCAUGUUUCCAAAGACGGAGAAGAACGAGCAGUUUCUUCACUCCAAGCGCGGUGUGAUCAUGGCGGCCUACACAUUUGAGCAGGACGCCACUAUUUUAGGAGCACUUACGCCGGAGCGCAGGAUCCAGAUCGCCGCGGAGAACCUCGACAGGAUCUUCCCCCAGGCCAACUCUUUGGAGCUGCUAGAGGCGGGGGCGUCACAGGUCUUCCCGGCCGACGAGCUGGCCGGCGGUAGUGCCUUCUGCUACUUCGGCCCGCUGCAGAAGUCGGUCUUCUUGGAGACGAUGCAAGCACCGGACUGGGACAACCGCGUGUUCUUUGCUGGCGAGCAGGUCAGCUUUACGCACGGAUGGAUACAUGGUGCGUUCGAGGCAGGCUUGAGAUGUGUUCAGCAGAUCUGGGCUGAAGCUAGCAAGGUGAAAGCCCAGUAG